GGUCAGGUUUGCCCUUUGACCGACACUACAUCGAGCCUGUGUGCCGCUCGAGAGCCUCAAUAGCAUUAAUGCGUGCGCCAACCCCACAAUUGUCUCUCACAUCUUCCGUACCUUCGAGCAGGAAACAUGCGUUCAAGAAAAGAAAACUCAGUCAUAUUCAAUUGUCCACGCGCCACGACACAGGCUCGUGUCCCUCGAAGACAGAACAAUCUACAGCACCGAACGCACAUAAAGCCUCGACUUUGUCAUGCUCUUCAUGCCACCGUGUGUUAUCUGCAUCGAUGAGGUCUGGUGCAGGUGCAGGUGCAGGCGUAGCUUGUGCAAGGUGUGGAUCAGCUGUAUGUGCGGUUUGUUCUCGCACAUGCUCUUCGAUGCUACGACAAUCCUCGUUCCCGCCGACGCCGGCAUUGACACGGUGUCCCUCUCUGUCGGGGUCGCCAUCACCGUCACCUUCCGGAUCUCCCAAACGAGCCGCAUUAAGCCUAAACAUUUCUACCAUGAACUGUAAUAUACUCCUCUCUCCAUCUUCUGGCAAACGGAAGAAGCCUUCAGACAAGGAUGACGUCGAUGUAGACCAUCCUUCGAAAUCUCGAGGCACGCUUUUCGGCCUAGACGAUGGAGCUCUCCUUGUUCCUGGAUGUGGUCGACCUAUCUGUAGAACGUGCUGCGUGGAGAGUGUUCAGAAGUAAGCUUUUGAUGACUAAUGCUACGUUGAGCGACGAUUGAGACCUUUCCUAAUCGCAGCGAUGGGACUCUUUGUGUAGACUGUUAUGCCGUUGUUGGA